GGCGGCGGCGGGGCUGUGUCUGUGUCUGUGUCUGUGUCUGUGUCUGUGUCUGUGGCCGUGGCCGUGGCCGUGGCCGGGCCGCGCCCGCCAUGCUUCCGCCGGCGCUGCUCCGCCGGCCGCUCGCCGCCGCCGCCCGCCUGGCCCUGCCGCGCGCCGGCCCACAGAUACGCCUUGCUACAGGGCCCAGACAAAAUAAUGGAAUUUUCUAUGAAAUUCGCACAUAUGAUAUUAAGCCAGCGAAGAUGAAGGAGUUUUUGGAAUUGGCCAACGAGCACUUUCACUUUUGCCCAGCUCGCUCGGAGCUGGUAGGAUUCUGGUACACGGACCUGGGAGCACUGAAUAAGGUGCUUCACAUUUGGAAGUACGAUAAUUUUGCCCACAGAACAGCAGUCCGGCAUGCACUAGCCAAUGACAAAGACUGGCAGGGAAAAUUCAUCUCUGUGGUUCGCCCCAUGAUUGAGAAGCAGCACAAUGAGGUUGCUUAUCUGGUACCCUGGUGUCAACUUGGGAAGCCUCCAAAAGAAGGGGGGGUAUAUGAAUGGGUUACUUUCCAGAUGAAGCCUGGUGGGCCAGCAUUGUGGGGUGAAGCAUUUCAAGCUGCAAUCAACGCUCACAUCAACACAGGAUAUACCAGGCUGAUCGGUGUUUUCCAUACAGAAUAUGGAUUACUUAACACAGUCCAUGUGUUAUGGUGGAACGAGAGCCCAGAUCACCGGGCAGCAGGCAGACACAGUGCCCAUGAAGAUGCCAGAGUCGUAGCAGCUGUGCGCGACAGCGUCAGAUUCUUGGAGUCCCAGCAAAAUGUGCUUCUGAUUCCUAUGCAAUGCUCACCGCUGAAGUAACCUUCUAUAGGAUGUAACUGACAGCAGAAGAGACAAGAUGCAAGUGCUGUCAGCAAGUGGCAUGGAUCCCCAUACCCUCAUGAGCUGCGCUGUUCUUCAGUCAACAAAAAAUGGAUGCAAAAUGCUGAUCCACUAGCAGUGUAAAUCAGCACUCUGAUACCAAUUGUUAACCAGAAGUUUGUGGUGAUGUUCCUACAUCUCCAAGAAAAAAACUUAAGCCAUAUCAUGCCAUAAACCAUGCUUCACCAAUCUUUUGUUUUAAUCCCUAAAUUCUUCAUACUUUUUUGCACAGCUGGAUCAUUAUUAAACCGAGUAAGUUAAGUGCUCUUGUCCAGCAUUCCAGCCAGGGAUGGCAUCAUUUUUAUAACAUACUUUGAUGCCUCUUAUCAUAUCUUAGUUAUUCCAUACAGUUUAAGAAGGAAAGCUUUCAUGUGUAUCUUACCCAAUUAUGUUUUAAUCAGACUUCUCAUUGGGAUGCUUUAUAUUAAUUCUGAGCAAUGUAAAACAUCAGUGCUGCUGGAAUUGCACUUAAGUGCAACAGUGGGGCUGAUUAGGUAGUGUAACCUAAUGAGCUCUGCCAUGAACCUUUUUACUUGGUAACUUGUUAUGGUUGACUUCAGCUUUUUCCUUUUUUUGUCCAUUAAACACUGCCUCAAAACUGUGAGUUACCUACACAAGCUUUGUCUUGGGUAUUUUAAUAUUUGUUUAGGGUGCUAAAGCUGAUUAGCUCUUCUUGUUCAAUUGUGUCAUUGGACUCAACUGAUGUACAUGUGCUGGCAUUCUUUGAAGCACGCUUUGUUAGACUGUUAAAAGCUAAAUAAAUCAGCAUAAAGCAUUAA